GCAGGGAGGGUGCUGCUAAGGGCAACAAGUUGUGUGUAUGUGUGUGUGUGCGUGUCUGUGUGUCUGUGUUAUUAGGUGUCUGCAGUUCUAAUAAAGGAAAGCUCUGCGUCCUUCACUGCCUCAUCAGAUGGCUUUGCUCUGCUUUGUCCGCCUGUCUGAUUUCUGUCCGUGCGUCUGUCAGGUCUGCAGUGGAGUUGGAUGGCUCGCAGCCUCUGGAUCAUCUGGAGAAGAGCACGUUCGGGAAGGGACAUCAUCUGAACUUUCUAAUUUUCUCUGUUACGAGUGUGUUUGAGAAUGAGUUUAUAGGGGAGUGAGAAACUUUAGAAGAUGUUUGCAUGUUUAUUUGACCUGGUGUAAAGUGUUUGUGUGUGUGUGUAUAUAAGACAGAGAGGGAAAGAGAGAGAGAGAGAGUGUGUGUGUGGUGUUGCCCAAGCCAUUGGAAAUGCUGGGGUGUCCAGCAAGGUUAUUUCUGGAUCAGUGACAACGUGUCAAUGGCUGCAGAUGCGUCGCAAAGGAAGGCUCUGAGAUACCAACAGACCCUGCUGUACGGGGAGUACAGGGAGCAGCUGGGAAACUUUGCCCGACGGGAGGCUGCCCGUUUGCUAACAGAGAGACAAUGGAGGAGACAGGCAGGGGACAACACCACAGCCACGGGCCGCAGAGGGCACGGCCGGCGGCAUCACCAUCAUCACCCCACGACCUUGGAGUCGCAUCACAGCCACGCCUCUUCCACCAAGAAGCCUCGUCCCUACUCCAAAUGCCAAGAUUGUUUGGCUCGUGUGCGGCGGUAUAUAGUGACCAAGAUGGGGGAGGACUGGAUAUUCCUGGUUCUUCUGGGACUAACGAUGGCUCUGGUCAGCUGGAGCAUGGACUACGCCAGUGCCAAGAGCCUGCAAGCCUAUAAGUGGAUACAUGGGGAGCUUAAGGGCAAUGUGCCGCUCCAGUACCUUGCCUGGGUUAGCUAUCCCAUGAUCCUUGUCAUGUUUGCCUCGCUCUUCUGUCACCUGGUUUCCCCACAGGCCAUCGGUUCUGGUAUUCCCGAGCUGAAAACCAUCCUGAGAGGUGUCGUGCUGAAGGAAUAUCUGACCCUCAAAGCUUUCGUAGCUAAGGUCGUUGGGCUGACUGCCGGCUUGGGCAGUGGGAUGCCAGUAGGCAAAGAAGGUCCAUUUGUCCACAUUGCCAGUAUCUGUGCCGCAGUGCUGAGUCGAUUCAUGUCCAUCUUCUCUGGAGUCUAUGAGAACCCUUAUGGUUACACAGAUAUUCUGACUGUUGGCUGUGCCGUGGGGGUGGGAUGCUGUUUCGGCACUCCACUUGGAGGGGUGUUGUUCAGUAUUGAGGUCACGUCUACCUACUUUGCGGUGAGGAAUUACUGGCGGGGAUAUUUUGCCGCCACAUUCAGCGCCUUCAUAUUUAGGGUGCUCUCCGUUUGGAACAAGGAUGCUGUCACAAUCACAGCUCUCUUCAAAACUAAUUUCCGGAUGGAUUUCCCCUUUGACCUGCAGGAGCUGCCUGCAUUCGCAAUUAUAGGGAUCUCGUGUGGUUUCCUUGGGGCGUUCUUCGUCUACCUAAACAGACAGGUGGUUCUUUUCAUGAGAAGGCCGACAGCGCUCACACGCUUCCUAACCAAACAUCGAUUGAUCUAUCCAGGUGCAGUGACGCUGAUCAUCGCCACCUUCACGUUUCCUCCUGGAUUUGGACAGUUUAUGGCUGGAGAGCUGAUGCCUCGGGAGUGUAUCAACUCCCUGUUUGAUAAUUUCACCUGGACCAAAAUCUCAGGAUCUCCCGCUCCGCCCGGCCUGGGUCGCUCGUCUGCAUGGCUCCAUCCGCAUGUCAGCGUCUUCGUCGUCCUCCUCCUCUUCUGUGUCAUGAAGUUCUGGAUGUCAGCAGUUUCCACCACGAUGCCCAUCCCCUCGGGUGCCUUUAUGCCAGUGUUCAUAUUAGGAGCUGCUUUCGGUCGCCUCGUAGGAGAGAUCAUGGCCACUCUUUUCCCAAAUGGAAUCCUGUUUGAUGGGAUAGUCUACCGCAUCCUGCCGGGAGGUUACGCUGUCAUUGGUGCGGCAGCGAUGACAGGAGCUGUCACACACACUGUUUCCACUGCUGUAAUCUGCUUCGAGCUGACCGGACAAAUCUCUCACAUCCUGCCCAUGAUGGUGGCGGUCAUCCUAGCAAACAUGGUGGCCCAGGGUCUGCAGCCUUCUCUCUAUGACUCCAUCAUCCAGGUGAAGAAGCUGCCCUACCUGCCUGAGCUGGCCCUCGGGCACAUCAGCAAGUAUAACAUCUUUGUGGAGGACAUCAUGGUGCGCAAAGUGAAGUUCCUGUCUUCUCAUUCCACCUAUCGGGAACUGAACCAUCUGCUCGAGACCUCGACUCUGAAAACGAUCCCUCUAGUCGACUCUAAAGAGUCCAUGAUUCUUCUGGGCUCCAUUGAGAGGACGGAGCUUCAAGCCGUCUUUGACUGGUGGCUUUCCCCAGAGAGGCGAGUCUUUGAAAGAGGCCAAAGCUCCCCAGGCCAGGGCUCCAAAGUCAGCUGGGAGUCCUUCACCUACGUUGAUGAAGAGGGCAGAGAGGAAGGCGCUGACAAGACUUCUCCAGUACAGGAAGAAUGUAACGGACCCAUGCCAUCCCCCAAACCUCAAGAGCCCUCCACCAACCACACAGGCUCAGACAAGCGUAAGCUGCCAUCUGUCAGGAGGACCCUUCAGAGACUCUUCUCCUCCACGUCUUCGUCAGGCCAGACUGAAACUCAGGAGGCUGCCGCUCCUCCAUUGACUGACACCAUGUCCCCAGAGGAGAUCAAAGCUUGGGAAGAGGAAGAGUUGGAUAAACCAGUCGAUAUGGAGCAGAUACGUAUAGACCCCUCCCCAUUUCAGCUGGUGGAAAGAACGUCUCUGCACAAGACCCACACUCUGUUCUCUCUGCUGGGUCUCAGUCACGCCUAUGUCACCAGUAUUGGAAAGCUGGUGGGUGUCGUGGCACUGAAGGAGUUACAGAAAGCUAUAGAGGGCUCAACACGCAGCGGGGUGAGGCUUCGUCCCCCUCUGGCCAGCUUCAGAGACGCCAGCAGGAAAACCAAGAAACACCAACCUCCCUCAUCCACCCCUUCCUCCCCCACAAGGGACAGAGACCUGUGGGGAGAAGGGAGCAGGAGAGAGGGCGAGCUGGAGCUGAAGGAGUCCAAGGAGGAUUCCAGAGGGAAGGCGUCGUCUUCCCGAGGGGCUCCCGGGUGUGACACUGAUUCCUCCUCCCCCAGCAGCGAGGGGAGCACCAGUGGCGGCACUGCCACCACAAGAGGAGCUGACGGUCCUUCACAGGAGCCGGCGUCUCCCUCUACCUCCUCCUCUACCUCACCUUUACCCCCUGCCUCCCCUGUGUCACCCACCAGUCCUGUCCUCACACUAUCCUCCCUGCAGGAAGAGAGGGAGAGCGAGGAGUCGGAUGAGGCCGUAUAGGCUGGGUUUAAGAAAAAAGACUUUUGAUUUCACUCCUUUCCCCCCAGAGACAGAGCUGCUGUCUGGGUGGAGGAGUCGGGCUCACCUGCAGCCCCCACAGACAUUCAGCUCUCAGCGAGCAGGACGAGCUGGUGCACACACAGCUCCUGAAACUUGUAGAACAGGAUAUUUUUUCUACUCUUACGACAGUCUCACUUUUUCACUCAAAAUCUCAGGUGCCUUCCUGUGUCUUUUGAACUGCAGAUGGACAAACAUGUCCUACAUGUCUCUAAUGUUCAGUGUCCAACCAUAUCUCAAUGUAGCUGUACAUCAUAUAUCAAUGUCAAUGUUAAUUUCAUUAAUUCAUAUUAAUGAAGGCUUAAUUAUUUUGACCUAGAGGUCAAAGAUCAUGCAUUUAAAGUUUACUGAUUGAGACUAAUUUUAAAUUAUAACUUACAUUUAUCAUAUAUUUGCUGUAUGGUAAAUAUUCAAAUCAUUAUUACCAGUCUGUAAUUUUUAAAGAUAAUAAAUAUUAAAAAUGUGUACUAGCUUAUUUUAAUUAUUUUACAACAAUAAAAAUGACAAUUAGAAGAAAAACUCCAGCCACGCUUGC